CAAGUUAAUUUUUAUUUCUCAAUUCAAAUUCAGCAUUGUUUAAGUUUCAUUUUUAUUUAUAAUAUUAAGACGCUUUCGAUAAAUAGAUUGCUCCAAGUACUUGAACAGCAUUUCAUUUAUGACAGUGGUUGAUGUUUAAGAUUUGAAAAAAGGAAACCAUAGCACCAUUAAAGCGGAACUGCGCAACGUGACGCUCUUCCUUCCAGUUGUCAACUUUAGUAUCGUUUUUAUACGAUGAGGAUGGUUUAUGUUUGAACAGAAAAUUCGGAAUAUCCUUUUCAUCUUGAAAAGAAACGACCUCACAUUUGAUGAAAGGACGUUUAUUUUGAAUAACCCAUGCUUAGAAUCCAUUUGUGAAAAUGGCUAUCUCAAAUAGUGUGGUUGGUAUAUGUGCGCAAUUUUUGAGAAUUAUUUUGACAUUCACACGGCCUAUAUCAGAUUAUGUCUUGGAUUUCCUUUAUGGUUUGUUUAUGGGUAAAACAAAACCAUUACCACCAAUUAACAAUGAGUUGCUUCUGAUGUCAGCCGUUGACCUUGCAAAGAAAAUAAGAAAUCGUCAGGUGAAGUGUGAAGAUGUGAUGUUAGCAUACAUUCAACGAUCACGUUCCGUCCACCCACUCAUAAAUGCUGCAUUAGAUGAAAGGUACGAUGAUGCUCUGCAAGAUGCCAGAGAUAUAGAUACGUUUCUGGAGAGUGGAAGGAAAUCCCCACAACAAAUAGAAAAAGAUACGCCGCUUUUGGGUGUUCCUUUCACUUGCAAAGAAGCCAUAGGAGUUAAAGAUCUUCUUCAGGUGAACGGGUUGGUCUGGGCCAAAGGUCGAAAAGCUCCAGAAGAUUCAGUGGCAGCUUCCAAAUAUCGAAAUGCCGGUGCCAUCCCAGUAACUGUCACGAAUGUUCCAGAGACAUGUUUCUGGUGGGAGGCCGCUAACGCAGUAGCUGGAAUGACAAAAAAUCCUUACGAUAACCGUCGGACAGUUGGCGGCAGCUCCGGAGGUGAAGGAGCAAUAAUCACCGCGGGAGCUGCAUUGAUUGGAAUAGGAAAUGAUAUCGCCGGAAGUAUACGUAUCCCGGCAUCUUUUUGUGGAAUCUAUGGUCAUAAACCUUCAACUGGAACAGUAUCGAAUGCUGGAGCAUUUCCAUUUGGAGAACUCGAUAAGAACGAGGAUAUAGACUCUUUCACCAGUACUGGUCCAAUGUGUCGGUACGUAGAAGACUUGCCCUUAUUGAUGAGGAUACUUACCAGCAACGACCAAAGAAUUAAAUUCGAUGAAAAGGUUGAUUUCAGUAAAGUUAAAAUAUACUACAUGGAGGAAUAUCCUGGCAUUUUACUGAAAUCUAUUUCACCCAUAAAAAAUGCAGUCAGAAAAGCUGCACACCAUUUCGAAAAGGAAUAUGGUAUAAAAGCAAUCCCUUUUAAAAUGGACGAAUUGAGAUACGCCUUUGACGUAUGGGAAUGCAAACUAUUAGAAACUGGAGUCCCUCCCUUCAAAUGCUUACUUGAAUACAAAACUGGCAAAGUUGAUCUAUGGCGGGAACUCUUCAAGGUUUUCUUAGGACGUUCAAAUCACACACUCCCAGCCAUCUAUUUUGCAAUGGUAGACAGAAGAGAAAAGGACGAGUAUUAUUACGAAUGUCUAAGAAUCUAUGAAGCCAUAGAAAGAAAAUUUCAAGAGAUCUUCGUGGACGACGCUAUCUUGUUGCUACCUACUCAUCCUGAACCCCCUCCUCAUUACCUCAUGACUGUUCCUAAGUACCCCAACAUUGGAUACACGUGUAUCUUCAGCAUCCUCGGUUUUCCAUCCUCACAAAUACCUACUGGUCUAGUCAAUGGGCUGCCUAUAGGAAUACAGGCAAUAAGUGGACGGAUGCGAGAUCAUUUGACAUUAGCAGCUGCAAUGGAACUGGACAAGGUUUUCGGUGGUUGGAGAAGUCCUUGUCCUAUUACAGACUGAAAAUUGUGUGCAGAAGUAUUAGGUGAGGCUACAAAGAGGUGUUGACGUCACUCUGAUAUCGCCUGUCUGAUUGUCUUUUUCUUAUGCCUGCAAAUUUCAAUUACAAAAUAAAUCAGUUAAGCCUAAAAUGCACUUUAUGUCGGUAGUUCAUAAGGUGGUUAGAAUUUACUGCAUCCUUGAUAAGGUAUUAAAUUGAAGCAUAACAUCGUUUGAAGUUAACCAUAUUACCAUUUGAAGUUGACAAUAUCGCCGUUUGAAGUUAGUUAAAAAAUCAAGUUAAAGAAGUUCGAUAGUAAAAUCCAACUUAAAAGUAUGAUAAAGUUGUAUCAAAUUUUAACCAUGGUUCAAUACUCUUUAUGAUUCAAUACUCUUCAAAAUUUCUGAUUUUGUGUAAGAAAAAAGUAAUGCUUUAAAAAACUACUCAUUUUGCAAUUUCAAAUUAGAUUAAUUUUUAUCAAAAUUAAAAACCAGUUCUUAAGGUUUUACACAUUCCAAAAUGUAAAAAAUUGAGCCUUUUGGCAAAACAUGUGAACUGAAGUGAUUAUUUCCUCGUAUUAUAGCUUCUAUGCCUGCUAAAAUACAUGAUUUAUACUUGGUGUUUUCAAAGGACCAAAUGUAGGGCUGCAAAUAAUGAUUAGAGGCAGCUUUAGUUUGAUUUUAAAAAAUUUUAGUCCUGCAAUCUUUAUUAAAAUGAAGUUGAGUUAAGCAAACAAAUAUGACGUACAAAAGUUAGUCGGAUCAUUUAACUGAAUUUAUAUUUUUUUCAUGUCACUGUUUUUAAACUAUUUUGUUACGUUGAAAUUGUGAACGUCUUUGUUAUAUGAAUGAGCUUCGUGUAUUCAUCAUUUGUGUCAAUUGAAAUAUCAAGUUUGUUUGACAUUGAUAAAAGAACUUUUGUAUACUAAUCUGUAAAAAUAAAAGAAAAUAAUAAUGCAAAA